AUGUACUUUCGUGCUACCUUCCAACAGUACAUUGCUCUCCAUUCAAUCUUCUACUUUGUUGCUAUAGUUUCACCCACCCAAUCGGGCAAUCUUAAGUUUUCUGAAUGGGAGCAUGCCGCAGAGAAACAAACAGAUUUCUUUGGGGAGCAGUUCAACCCUGCUUUAUCGGCAUGGGCUACACCGAUCAUUCCUGCAACUGAUUUAGUAAAUCCAGGGAGUGAAUCUCAUCAUCAACAUCAUUCCCUGGGGCAACCAUUGGGGCCAGACUUUGAAGGCGAAGACCUUGAUUCAAUGCCACUCUCUCCUGGUUUGCAAGAUAUGCUACAUGAACUAGAAAGCAGCAUAUGCCAGACCAGCCACCCUCAAGGACAAUUCUCAUCCACAUUUGAUCUAAUUCCGCUUUCUCCCAGUCAAAUAGAUACUUGGGCUCAUUAUCCUGAGACAGUCAUUCCUGCUCAUGAUAGAAUGCAUAAGGGAAAAUUCGGAUCGGGGCAAACGCCUUCAAUAAGUAGUGGUAUGAUUACUGAAAUGGCCCAAAACAUUCACAGCAGCAAAUGUGUCGACCAAGUCCCAAAAGCUGGACCAGGCUUUAGUGGCGAAUGGUCCUUGAGUAAGACAUCAAAUGACAAGAACAACUGGUUGUCAUUAGAAAACCCAAAGAAAAGACCAAAAUCUAAAUAUCUCAGUCAGAGGCAGUCCAAGCGCGCAAAGGGUUGUGUUCCUCAAAGUAAUUUGAUCGAAGGAUAUUGUAUGAUAUUACUCCUGAAAAAACGCUUUGAUAGGUUUGGCGAGAGACUAGUUUCAACAUUUUCCGUUCGUAAAGAGCGGAAUUCAAAAAAACGUAUCCCUCAUCAAGAGUUACAGAAUAUAUCGAUAUUUCCAGGGCAAGAAUGCACUGCGGUCCUGAGAGUCGUGGAUCCAUUGACCAAAAGAUCCGCAGAAAGUAGGAAGUUGGCUUCAAGCUACUAUCUUCUGAUCAGAUGGCUCUAUGUGCUCCAUGAGGAUUGGUUGAAGAGGUGGAAUAUCCCCACAUUCAUGCACAGGGUUUGGCAAGAUAAGUUAUUGGACUGGCUUGACUACGAAAUUUCUGGAUCGGAUGAUUAUGGUAUUCCAAUCAUUGGGAUCAGAAAAUCAUCAAAAUUUGAAUGGACAAAAGAUGAUGAAUUUCGCGAUACUCAGAUCAAACUAAUUUAUUACUUCUCCCAGAUGGAUGAAGGGAUUGAAGUAGUAAAUACUGCUAAAUACUUGUUGGAGAAAUUCAAAGCUAGGAAUCCAAGUGAGUAG